UUAAUUAGAAGAAAUACAUAAAACAAAUGAACAGUUCCAACUGUGUCCACCCCCAUACUGUACAAUGUGAAGACACUAGAGGGUGGGAAAAGAAGAUUAAGAAGUCUCGCGAGAUUGACAUUGAUACGAAGCACUGGGGCUUGGUCUUGAAGUUUUCACAGACAGUCGUCUGUACAUGAAUCAUAACAGCAUCAAAAUGUCAGGACGAUCGGGCCGUGCUGAAACCCGAAGCCGGGCUAAAGACGACAUCAAAAAGGUCCUAGCUGCAAUCGAGAAAGUGCGCAAAUGGGAGAAGAAAUGGGUGACAGUCGGAGACACGUCUCUGCGCAUAUUCAAGUGGGUGCCAGUAACAGAAACAAAGCAGAUAUAUCGAACCAAAUCUACAGGUGGAGAUGUUAGGGGACUAAAAGAUGUGGUUUUGGAAAACGCAAAUUCUUUGCUGGAUUUCACUGAUGAAAACAGCAAUCAGAGCUUUUUGUCAGAUGUCUAUCAGCCUAAGAUGGAUAACAGCAGCAGCAACUCAAGCUCACAGCAGGUCAGCCCUCCACACACCUCCAUUCUGCGAGCUGAAGACUCACAACCGCCCAUGUUGGGCCAAGAGAUUGUAGAUGAGCCUAUUCAUACAGGACAGGAUGGAGCUGAUGAGCCACCUACUCUCAUUAAGGAGGACCUACUUUCAUCAGGAUCUGUCAGAAGAAGCAACCUUGACUCACAGGAAGAGCUGGAUGAAUCAGGGGCCCCUCCUUUGAAGAAGAUUUGCACAGGGGAGAAUUCUGUUUUGAGAUAGCUAAUUUAUUAGUCUUUUAUUUUUCAAUAUGUAUGCACAAAAUAUCUUUGUGCAUGUACCUUUCAUACCUGCCAUUGGUUGAUUGCAUUCUAGCUUUUAUGCUUUUAAGCCAGUCAAAGGUUCUUCUUUAACUGUUUAUGCAAAUGUUGCUUAUUUUAUUUCUUUGUACAAUUUCUGUAGAGUCCUUUGAGUCAUUUUAAUGGUUUUGAAAAUUCUGUUUGUUUUCAAUAGAUUAUCUGAAAGAAAUUACUACCAAUCAUUGUUUUGCUGAUUACAACAGGCAAUGUGUUGAUUUUUAAACAAACUGAUGUAUUACUGUUGCUGCAGCUAAUCAUUACUUCUGCAUGUUCCAAUGUGCUAUUGGUUUUUGAGACCUACAUGGCAUUUUAUUUAAAAAAAAAUCUUUACGUGCUAAGGUUAAUAUAGACCCAUGCUUAGAUAUGUCAGUGUGUGUGUAGUGUUUAAAUUAAUGUCCUCUCUGAAAGAUUGGAUUUUGGCUUAUUGUGCAAGGCUUAAGUCUUUAAAAAUAUAUUUAUUUUAAUUUGCCCAUGUUUAUAAAUUAAGGUAUUUUGUAAGUCAUAAUAAAAGCUACUUUUCAUUUA